AGGCGGAUCUGUGAAUCCAGACUCCAGGACUUCCUCGGCAGAGCAGAGCAGAGCCGACAGCGCAAUCAUGGAUGAGGCUGCUCCACGUCCUGCUCGCUCCAUGUUUCCGUGGCUGGUGGGGGCGUCACAAGUGCUGGGCCUGGCAUCGGUGGUGCUGACUGGAGUUUGGAUGGGUCACUACCAGGGGGGUUUCGCCUGGGAUGGGUCAGCACAGGAGUUUAAUCUGCACCCUCUGUGCAUGGUGCUGGGGCUGGUGUUCCUGCACGGCGAUGCCAUCCUGGUCUACAGAGUAUUUCGAUAUGAGUCCAAGAGGAAUGUAAAGAUGCUGCACGGCAUCAUUCACCUGCUGGCACUCAUCCUCAGCAUCAUAGGUUUUGUAGCUGUAUUUGACUUCCACAGAACAGCAAAGAUCCCAGACAUGUACUCUCUACACAGCUGGUGCGGCAUGGCUACCUUAGUCUUAUUCUGCAUACAGUGGGUGAUGGGUUUGCUGUUCUUCCUGUUUCCUGUUGCAUCGUCAUGGUUACGAGCCACGUACCUCCCCAUCCAUGUGUUCUGCGGUCUGGUUCUGCUCGUUAUGGCUGUAGGGACCUGCCUGCUCGGCAUCACAGAGAAACUCCUCUUCAGCAUCAUGCCAACCUACUCCCUGUUCGCCCCAGAAGGGGUGCUGGCCAACGUCUUGGGGCUGGUGCUGGUGUGUUUCGGGGUGCUGCUGGGCUACUUGAUCACCAGGGAGGAGUACAGACGUCCACCAAACCCAGAGGAAGAGUCUCUGUCCGUCCACUUCAAGACCCUGACUGAGGGGGGGUCACCCUCCACGCCUUGACCUCAAUGUGACGUCCUCCCUUAAUGAAUGGAAGAAACCUAGUAAUCGUAACAAUGCAGUGAAAUGCUGCCUUGUCGAAAAAUGCUACCUUCUGUGUUUUCUUGUGUUUCCGUAAGUAUUAUAACAGCUUUAUGUAUGUUUCGGAUUGCAAACAAGAGUGACUGACUGUUAAAGUUGGGGAGCAUAUUUUGAUACUCUAUUAUUAUAUCUUUAUUUCAGGGUCUUAAAUAGUAUAGACCAAUAUCCCCCAUCAAAUAAUGUCUCCACGAUAGUAAUUCAUGAAAAAUAAAGUUUUUUUCUUCAAUUACUCAAUUUUAAUUGUCCUGUGCACAUCUAAUCUGCAUUGCAUAUUUUCUGCCACUUUAGUUAUUUUAACUUUGUAUGCAUAUCCACAUCCUUGGCACAAAUAAUAAUAUAAAUAUAUGCGUAUCUUACUGGACUCUGUAUUGGCAGGUACGUAAUAUUAAAAGGACUCCAAAAGUCACAACCAAUCUCAAACACUAUGCUCACAUUUGACCAGUGGUGGAAAAUUAUUUAGAUCCCUUACUUAAGUAAAAGUACUAAUACAACACUGUGAAAUUACUCCACUACAAGUAAAAGUCCUGCAUUCAAAACUUAAGUAAAAGUACAAAAUUAUCAGCAUCAAAACCAUUGUUUUAUAUAUUAAUUAAUAUAUUAAUGGAUUAUUAUUAUUGAUGCAUUAAUGUCAGCAGCGGUCUAAUUUUCUCAAGGUAGGAUUAUUUUACCUUCUUAACAUACUGUUAUGAGGUUUAAUUUCAACAAAUGUCAGAUCACUUUACAUUUAUGUUUAUGUUAAAAUCUCAGCCUGCAAAGUAACUAAAGCUGUCAGCUAAAUGUAGUGGAGUAAAAAGUACAAUAAUCACAUUGUAGUGGAGUAGAAGUAUAAAGUUACUAGAAAUUGGAAUACUCAAGUAAAGUACAACUUCAUCAACAUUGUACUUAAGUACAGUACUUAAGUUAAUGUACUGAAUUACUUUCCACCACUACAUUUGACCAUCUCCUUAAUCUGCUAGAAGUGCCAUAAUGUCCGAAGUAUUCCCAUUAGACAUGUUAUGUCAACUGACUAAGUGACUACCCAUAAAUAAUUUUUUAUUAAACUGACGGAUAUGCUGUACAUCCAGUCAGAACAGUACUGUUUAACCACAAACAUAUAAUACAUAAAGAUAAUAUAUUCCAUUUGUCCUAAACGGUUUGUAUUUAAAUGUCAUGUUAAAAUAUUUGUUCAGUGUGUAUUCAGAUGUAUGUGAUCAGAGUUUGGUUAUGCAGCUGAUGCAUUUUCACUUAAUCUUGUGUGAAAUCAUAUCGAACAUGUAGCUUUUUGGCUGGACUUCAGGACUCUGCACUAGUGCCUAUAUAUAUUUUACUGAAAAAUUACUGGAAAUUGUUUGUCCUAUGUACUUGAUGGUGUGAUCUUUGAAAGAAAAUCUCAUUGAAAUAACCUGAAAUAAAUAAAUAUGUGUGAAAUGGC